UAAAGCCCCAGGGUACGUGAAGGCAACACAAAUAGAGGACUAACGAGGACUUCUCCCCGCCGCCGCCGUCACCACCACCACCUUUCUUCCAGUCCCACCACCACCUUUCUUCCAGUCCCACCACCACCUUUCUUCCAGUCCCACCGCCACCUUUCUUCCAGUCCCGCCGAGUCGCUCCGUCUUCGGUCUCUGGAGCCCCACCGAGGAGUCAACGUCCUGCCCGCGGGAGGAGCAGCUCUCACAGCCGCCCUCAGAGCACUUUGGCCGGGGGAGUUUCAAAGGAGAGCUGGGACUUCCUGUUGGCGAGGAGAAGGAAAGGAAAGGAGGACUGCCCAAAUAUUGUCCUCCUACAUCUUGGAACAAUGGCCAGGAGAUGCACCUUCGCCUUCUUGCUGCUCGCCGCCUGCCGCCUGGCGUCCGCAGGGCUGGUGUUCCCCGCCAUGUGCCAGCUGGAUCCUGCGGGCGAGGGUCACCCCGUGCAGGCCGCGCUCAAGACCUUCACCGCCCUGUCGGGCUGCGCCAGCCGGGGCACCACCGGCCUCCCCCAGGAGGUGCACGUCAUCAACCUGCGAGGCGCUGCACCUGACCACGCACCUGUCCAGGUGGAGCUGCACCUGAAGCCCAUCCAGUCGAUGUCGCGCCACCGCAAGCCUCUGGUGUUCGUGCUCAACUCCCCCAGGCCGCUCAUCUGGAAGAUCAAGACGGAGAACCUGGCCCCGGGCGUCCAACGCACCUUUCAUGUGUCCCAGGGCUCGGAGGUGCGCUUCCCACCUGGCAACUUCUCCCGGUCCUGCCACGUCCACCAGGAGCUCCUCCCACACGGCAACCAGCACCUCCUCACCUGGACCCUCAAGACCUACCAGGCACUCACCUCCUUCUCCGAGAUCAGGAUGACCCGAGACGUCUACGUCAAAGUGGGAGAAGACCCAGUGUUCUCGGACACGUGCAAGAUCGACAGCAGGUUCCUGUCCCUCAACUACCUGGGGGGUUACGUGCAGCCACAGCCCUCCAGAGGCUGCGUCCUGUCUGCAGACCACCAGGACCAGGACCAGGACCAGAACCAGGACCAGGACCAGGAGGUUCACAUCAUCGAGCUCCAGGCCCCCAACUCCAGCAGUGCCUUCCAGGUGGACGUGGUGGUAGAGCUGCGGCCCCAGGAGGACGACGCUCCACUACACCGUGAUGUGGUCCUGCUGCUCAAGUGCACCAAGUCAGUCAACUGGGUCAUCAAGUCCCACAACGUGGUGGGCAAGCUCAGCGUGGUGGCGUCUGACAGCAUCAGCGUGAGUCCCGGCACUGAGAGGAGGAUGCAGGUGUCUAAGACCCCCAAGCAGCAGCUGCCCCCCGGAGCCCCAGCACUGAUCACGUGGUUGCAUCAGCACAACUACGGCGCCACCACCUCGUACACCAGCACACCCCUCGCCAACCACUUUGACGUGCGGCUGAAGGAAGAAGAAGCCCGCCGUCACCCGGACGCCGCCUUGCCCCCAGAGCUCGCCAUCCUGCGCCAAUCCGGCCCGGCGUCGGGGGGGGCUUUGCGGCGCUCCGGCCCGCCCUUCGCGUUCCCUCCCCCGGAGUCCGAGGGCCUGCCGCUGCCCUCCCUCCUGGACGACCACCCCUGGGAGGCGCCGAGCGUGAGCCUCGCCGUGCAGUGUGAAGACGCCAAGAUGGUGGUCAGCAUCAGCAAGGAGAGCCUGGAGGUCAACGGCUUUGCCAACGCCAACCUCACGCUGCAGGACCCACAAUGCAAAGCGGAGGUCAACACCACCCACUACACGCUGGAGACCCCUCUGACGGGCUGCCUGACCACCGUCUACCCACUGCAGGGAACCACCAGCGCCCUCUACAUCAACACUGUCCUGAUUAGUCACGCAGAGUCCAAGGACGGGAGCGGUGGACCACUGGAGUCCGAGGACCUGGAGUCCACAGUGUUCCCCACGGAAGCUGUAGAUCUGGACAGGAGGGCGGGCCCAGAUCAGCUGUCCAUCAUACCGUUCAACUGCACGUACCGGCAGACCCGGGACAGCCAAGACCCAGGUCCAGAUCCAGGUCCAGGUCCGGUCCCAGGAAGCGUGCGGCCGGUGGACAUGACCUUCAGCAUGGAGCUCUACCACACGCCGCUCACCAGCCAGCCAUCCCGCCAGGCCUUCUUCACCGUGUCCCAGGACCAGGAGGUGUUUGUGGAGGUGUGUGAUCUAGAUGAUUGA